AGUUAUUAGCUUUAUAAAAAGCUGUGUUCGACCCGUGUGUGUUUCACAAUCUUUCUUUUUUUCCUCUUUGGUAAGAUCAAAUCCACACACACGCAUAUAUACACACAUAUACAUAUAUGUCCUAUACACUUGAGCCGUUACUUACAGCGAUACGUAUCUAAGCUUCUUCUAGUCCUCUUGGUUUCAUCCCAACACGACGAAGAUGGAGAGAAACUGCGACUUGGAACUUCGCCUUCUCUCUUCAUCUUUUGAUUCUGAUUCCAUCAGCUCGAAUGUGGAAGAAUUAAAUAGCUCGGAAAAGGAAGAACUAAGGAGAAUGACCAUUUUCUACAAUGGAAAGAUGUGCGUCUCCGAUGUUACCCUUCUUCAGUUUAAAGAGAUAAUAUCGCUAGCGAGUAGAGGAUUAGUGGAGGAGAGGUCAACGUCAAAAUCACAUCAUCAUGGUCACCAUCAUCGUCAUCAUCAUCCACUCCAUGUAGCUUCCGUAAAAAAAUCACUUCAAAGUUUUCUGCAGAAGCGGAGAGACCGAGUUCAAGCCUCGUCCCCUUACCAUUCAUAAUAUUUUGUUAUUUUAUUUAUUGUUUUUAUAUUUAUGUUUUUAGAUUUUCAAAGAUGAUAAUACUUUUCUUUUUCUCCAUUAAACACCGAAUUAGUCACUCAAAAGAAAAGUGUUUUAUAAUUUUUUUUUUGUUAGUCACAGAGAGUAUUUUCUUGGAAGAUUGCAGCCCGAUUUUUGGGCCAUAUGAUUUGAGCCUUAUUGGGCUCUCAUGAUCAUAGGCCCAAUUGUACGUUUUUGGUGGACAGCCCAUUA